UUCUAGUUGGGGCCAUAAGGGAACGAGAGAAAGAAUUAGCCUGUGUGUUUGUGUGGCUGUGCUCCAGUAAAUAUUUUGAUGCAUCUGCUGCCAGCUCUGGUCUGAGGGAAUCUACCUAGCAUUUAAAUUGUGAUAGGGAGCUGUUUUGAAUAAUAAGAGUGCAGCCGGCUGUGAGUCAGUGCAUGUGUGUUGACUGAAAGGGGAGGGAAAAAAAAUCUCAAUGCUUAACGCUUGCUGAACGCUGAGCUGCAGUGCUUUGCUUUCGCCGCCUUCUCUUCCUCCUAGUAGAUAUUUCAAACUGAUUUUUUUGUUGUUGUUCACUGGGGGGGGAGGGAAGAACGAAAAAAAUCAUAGCCCCUCACCCAAGUAGCAGUCGCAAUGGGUGCUGUAAUGGGCACCUUCUCUUCUCUGCAAACCAAACAAAGAAGACCCUCGAAAGACUUCGCCCGGUGGUAUUACCUGUCACAGAGAGAUAAAAUUGAAGAUGAGUUAGAAAUGACCACAGUAUGCCAUCGGCCUGAAGGACUCGAACAGCUUGAGGCACAAACCAAUUUCACCAAGAGAGAACUCCAAGUGCUUUACAGAGGAUUCAAAAAUGAAUGUCCCAGUGGAGCUGUUAAUGAAGAGACAUUCAAACAGAUCUAUGCACAAUUUUUUCCACAUGGGGAUGCUAGUAUGUAUGCUCAUUAUCUCUUUAAUGCUUUUGACACAGCGCAGAAUGGAUCUGUGAAAUUUGAGGAUUUUGUGACGGCACUCUCCACUCUGCUGAGAGGAACAGUUCAUGAAAAACUGCGAUGGACCUUUAAUCUGUAUGACAUAAAUAAAGAUGGCUAUAUAAACAAGGAGGAAAUGAUGGAUAUAGUAAAGGCAAUUUAUGACAUGAUGGGCAAAUACACUUACCCAGUGCUGAAAGAAGAUGCCCCAAGGCAGCAUGUAGAAGUAUUCUUCCAGAAAAUGGAUAAAAACAAAGAUGGAGUUGUAACUUUGAUGAGUUUAUUGAGUCAUGUCAAGAGGACGACAAUAUCAUGAGAUCCUUACAGCUUUUUGAAAAUGUCAUGUAACAGCAGCUGAAGAACAACAUAGGAAUCUGAGACUUUGUAUGUAAUGAGACCCUGAAGAAAAUGAGUCAAGAUUUUUUUUUUCUCCCUGCUACCUUUCUUGAUGAAAGCUUUUUACUACUUGGACACGCUCAGUGUGCAAGGAUUUUGUAUGCCAUCGCAAACUGAGCUGUGUCUCUGAAUGCAACAAACUCCAUCUCGCCUCCCUCAAGAGACACUGACUAGAAUUUAUUUCAUUCGGAAGCAUGCUAAUAAAAAGCUGGCCAGAGAGACCUGCUGCUUAAAGUUUAA